ACUGACCGACUUUCCCACCCGCCAUAUCUACGUAACAGACUAUCUACUGGGUGCGCCGUCGCCCCAGACUCCACAUUCCUUUUGCCUUCGGUACUAGCAGCCAAAGGCUCUUUCACUCUUUCACUUGUUUGGCCGCCUUGUGUCUAGCGUAGACAUGAGCCAGAAUACAACGGUCGUCAGAGUCGAUGACCGCGACCCAACAGUUUUCUACAGUGGAAACUGGUCUCUUGCAGGGAAUAAUGAGACAGAGUUCGACGGGACAACACAUGGCGCUCUCACGAACGGCUCAACGAUUGAAUUCACAUUCAACGGCACGAGCGUCACGUUCUACGGCACCGUGCCAGGCGCGCCGACUGGUUCACCGAGCACGUCGUCGUUCAUGGUGGACAACGGCGAGAAGGUGCUAGUGAUGACGCCACAACCGGCCGAUCCGAUGUACCAGUACGCGUACUUCGCAUCGGGGCCGCUGGAGGAUGGGAUGCACACGCUGGUCGUCACGGCCGUGAACACCGAUCAGGAAGACAUGCUGUGGUUUGACUACCUGGAGUAUGCGCUCAUCAGCGCUGCAGACACGGGAGCGGGUGGGGGCGGUCUGUCUUCACCUGCGCCGUCGUUAUCUGGCUCUUCUACGCCGUCUCUUUCCUCGCCCACCUCGCCCACUAAUCUUGCGCUUUCUGGGACGACACACAAAGCGAGCAACCUAAGAACUAUUCUCCCUGCUGUGAUCGUCCCCGCAGCAGCGCUUCUGCUGCUCCUGGGUGUGCUGUUCUUCCUAUGGCGACGCCGGCAGCAGAGCAGGCGCUAUGAUAGCUGGCGGGUAAACAUCCUUGGGGAGGACCUUUCUGAUGUGCCGCCCGAGGCGAAAAUUAUAAGCCCGUACACUACCGUGCGUGCGCCUGCGCCUGCUUUAACAAUUAUGUCCGCACCCCCCUCUAUAUCUAUGCCUUCGCCUACUUCUACAUCUAUGCUUACACCCACGUCAUUAAACCGUUCGCUUCCUUCUCCGUCGGCGCCGUGGGAAUCCAGGGAGAGCAUCGUGCUGUCGAUACCACCAUGGGACUCCAAGGAGAGCGUUUCGUUGCCGAUGUCGCAGUACAGCACUGACGCAGUGCGCCGGUCGGAUGCGGCUCUGGCAGAUCCUCCGGCAUAUACGGCGCUAUUGUGAACAAAACGGACGCUUUUAUGUUUUAUGGGAGCAUUUGCGUGCGUGUAUCAUGGGAGCGCGCAUGUCCGAUUAGUCGUAUCAUUUUUUUCUGUAGUUGAUGCAGUUUGUGACUGUAUGUAUGCUCGUUGCCUUUUCCCUCUAACAUCAACCUUACUUCUGCA